AUGGCCGUUCCGCAAAGCUGCACUGUGCUGGUCAUUGGGGGAGGCCCAGCUGGCUCAUAUGCAGCAGCAGCCUUGGCUCGCGAAGGGUUCGAGACAGUCUUACUGGAGGCAGACAAAUUUCCCAGGUAUCAUAUCGGCGAAAGCACUCUUCCCUCCCUGCGCCACUUCUUUAAGUUUAUAGACUUUUACGAUACCUUCGAUGCUCACGGGUUUUACCACAAGGACGGCGCGGUUUUCCGACUCGCACAAGCUCAGCCCGAUGCCUAUACCGACUUUCUUGAGGCAGGCGGUCCUGAUGCAUAUGCCUGGAACUUGAUACGAUCCGAAUCCGACGACCUACUCUUUAGACACGCCGGCACUUGCGGUGCUCACAUUUUUGACGAAACCAAGCCUGAGCCGGAUAGAGCUAGUAACGGGGAAUUGAAUCCCGGCCGCCCUGUGUCUGUCACCUGGGUCCGCAAAGACGGCAGUUCUGGAUCCAUCGCCUUGAAGUACCUCGUAGACGCUAGCGGGAGGAAUGGCAUACUGAGCACGAAGUACCUGAAAAACCGGAAGUUUAACGAUAAUUUCAAAAACGUUGCUAAUUGGGCUUACUGGAAGACUGACAACUUAUACGGUCUCGGGACGCACAUGGAAGGUUCGCCGUACUUUGAGGCAUUGGACGACGCCAGUGGCUGGGCUUGGUUUAUGCCACUACACGAUGGCACUCGCUCCGUGGGAGUUGUUCAAGACCAGAAAAUUGCGACUGAACAGAAGCGACAGCUCGGACGUCCCUCAAGCUUGGACUUUUAUAAGCAAUGCGUCGAAAAGGCGCCCAGAACUAGGAAGCUCCUCUCGGGAGCGGAGAUAGUCACCAAUGUCAGAGCGGCCUCGGAUUGGUCCUAUACCGCGUCAACUUAUCACAUACCAAAUGCACGCAUCUGCGGAGACGCCGGCAGUUUUAUUGACCCCUUGUUUUCCUCGGGUGUCCAUCUGGCUGUGACAGGAGGUCUCUCAGCGGCAGCUACGAUUGCAGCCUCGAUCAGGGGCGACUGUGAUGAGCAGACGGCUGGGUCGUGGCACACCAAGAAAACGGUUGAGAGCUAUACUCGAUUCUUCUUGGCAGUUAGCAGUGCUACAAAACAGAUCCGUGAACAGUAUGAGCCUAUUAUCCAGGACAUGGAGGAGGAAGGGUUCCAAAGAGCCUUUGAUCUUCUGAGACCUAGUACGGACCUCCUGAAGCACUUCAUUUUAGCUCCAGUUUUAGUUCUUCAGUUAACCAAAAUCCUUUGUGUUUCAGUCAUCCAAGGUACCGUCGACGCGGAUAAUACAGGGAAGAUCUCCUACACCGAAAUCUCCAAGGCACUCGAAUUCUGCUUUAGGGCUUUCACAUAUGUCCCGCCAGAAAAGAAAGACGCACUGUUCGAGAAACUGAAGAACCUCGGUGUUGAAUCUGGUAAAAGCGACGCAAAAGAGGCAAAGGCACUUGAUGAUAUAGAAAAGCAUCUUACAAGGGAUGAGCUACAGGUAUUGGAAAUUCUACGAAGUAGGCGCAUGAUUCGUGAAGACCCCUUUGAGAUGGAUAGCUUCACCCUCGACACUAUCGACGGAUUGGCGCCGAACUUAGUACGUGGUAAAUUGGGACUCGUUAAGGCUAAUCAGGCCAAAAUUGACAAAGCUCACUUCUUUUCGCCGCGAUUUUUGGACGGUAAGGCCCCGGGGAUUAGGGAUGAGAGCAUUUUUCUGCCCACGUCAAGGGUUCGGCUUGGUUGA